CGUAGUGGAUUUUGGUCCGCUUAUGCAUCUUCUUCUUCUUCUUCUUCAUGGCUGCUCCUGUCAAAGACUAUGUCUGGGAAAAAGAAUCAGACGGCUUGCCGUGGGACACACUUCGCCAUGUUUACGAGCUUGUGCAGAGUGGCAAUGAAUCAUUUCGAGAGAAUAGAAUGGAAGAGGCAAUCAGCUUUUAUUCGCGAGCCAAUAACAUUAAAUCUGGUGAUAUGGUCAUCCUAGGCAAUCGCUGUGCAGCUUAUAUUAGGAUUAGUCAAUAUUUGAAGCAUAGAACUCCAUCGGCUUCGGAACAUAGACCAUUGAGUGGGCUUGAUCCUACAACCCUUGCUGAACUGGGUUUGAAGGAUGCUGAGAAGCUUGUUGACCUGCAAAGUAAUUCAGCAAAUCCUUACAUUUUAAAGGCCCAUGCACUUCUUUUGUUGGAGAAAUAUGAGAAAGCCAGGGAUGUUAUUCUUUCCGGUCUACAAGUCGAUCCAUUUAGCAAUCCUCUUCAAGCUUCUCUUCAAAAUUUGGAAAGACUGCCAUCUCAUUCAACAAGGAUGAAUAGACAUGCACAACCAGAGCGAAAUGAUGAGUUUGAUUGCACUCUCUGCCUGAAGUUGCUGUAUGAACCUGUUACAACCCCUUGUGGACAUUCCUUUUGCCGUUCAUGUCUAUUUCAGUCAAUGGAUUCUGGGAACAGAUGCCCUUUGUGCAGGACAGUUCUGUUUAUUAGUCCAAGAACAUGUUCAAUCAGUGUGACAUUGAAGAACAUCAUAGAGAAGAACUUUCCUGAGGAGUAUGCAGAACGGAAACAAGAGCAUGACAGUUUAAUCAACCCUGGUGUAGAUUUGCUGCCCCUCUUUGUUAUGGAUGUUGUCAUACCAUGUCAAAAGUUUCCGCUCAAUAUAUUUGAACCUCGGUAUAGAUUGAUGGUAAGAAGAAUAAUGGAAGGCAAUCAUCGGAUGGGAAUGGUUAUCACUGAUUCUUCAACAGGUUCUUUAGCCGAGUAUGGCUGUGAAGUGGAAAUCACUGAGUGUGAGCCACUUCCAGAUGGUCGUUUCUAUAUAGAGAUUGAAAGUCGCAGGAGAUUUCGCAUCAUCUGUUCAUGGGAUCAGGAUGGGUAUCGUGUUGCUCAGGUUGAAUGGGUUCAGGAUAUUAUGCCAGCAGAAGGGACAAAAGAAAGAGAGAUUUUACAGGAAUUGACAUGUAAUGCAGCAGAAAAUGCUCGAUCAUGGAUAAGAAGAGCUAGAGAAGCAACAAGACUAGAUCCAAGAAGAAUCGAGAGACUCCUGAAUGUUGAAGCAAUGAUGCCGUCGACACGAGACCCUGAGCGUUUCAGUUUUUGGCUGGCUACCCUAUCAAACCGAAGGCCUUCGGACAGAUUGGAUCUCCUUCGCAUAAGAGAUACCACAGAGAGGAUUAGACGAGGCCUUAUAUUUCUUAGAGCAGAGGAACAAGGCUGCAGAAUUCAGUAACAAAACAAGCUUUGGAGUGCUUCCAACUUAAUAUUUGUUUAUUGCAAAUUCAUUUACAAGUCACUCUAUUCUUUGGCCUCAUAAAUGACUGUUAAUGAGGUCACUUUUGUUGUAUCAUAGGGUUGAAGUCGAACCCACUUUUUUCUAAUAUAUGUACAUGAUUUUUAUUUAUCUAAACGAAAAUCUGGGCUAGUAAUGCUGGCAGAAUACAGCUUUAAGAAUUUAA